AAGUGAGCGACAAGGUGAGGGCUACUGCACUGACACCAGGACAAAGGUGUAACGGUAGGAGAACGGGUUUUAACUUUAAUCCGCGUAAAGCCCAUAGUUUUCAUAAUGUCUCUUACGCAAGAAUCCGUCCUGUCUCUGCUGAUAGCGAGGGGGGGCAGAGUGAAGAAGUCCGACUUAGUGGGUAAGUUUAAAGGUUCAAUAGACUGCGCCGAUCCCGCAGAGAGAGAGCGGAACAGGGAGCUUUUCAAGACCUUUGUCAACAACGUCGCCUUCGUCAGAGAAAUCGACGGUGUCCGGUACGUUGUCAUCAGGAAAACGUAUCAGCAUUUGUUGGAGAGUGUCCGCACCGCGGAGGGCCGUGUGGAAAAGACUGAAAAUGAAGAGACCCCGCAGACAGGUGAGCAGCAGCGCCCACCUGCGCGGACUGAGAGGACGGAGAGCUCUGCGGCCGAAGGAGGGGAGAGAGCGGCUGCUGCUGAACCUGACCAAGAACAGGCAAGCGAAAGUAGUGACAAUCCCACGGAACUGCUGUCUGCUAUACAGCUGGCACUGCAGAGGAGCAAAUAUACAGAUAAUAGAGUUAAAAGGAUGCUGAAUUUUGAGAUCCAGAAGCAGGAAACAAAUGUAGACAGCUGCUCGAGAAGGGGUGCGGUGAAUGGGCCCACCACCAUCCAGAGCAAACCCUACGCCUUGCCUCUGAGAAUGCCACCCAGCGCCACCAGGGUGGAGAUCCACAAACUGAUGGUGGAGCCAGAUGAUCCUCCUGAAGGUCCGAAAAUGGAUGCCUCCAGGAACAAGAGAAGAUCCCUGUCAGUCAGCAGCAUCAGCUCCCCCCAGCCACGGGGGGCGGUGAAGAGCACCAAUGCGUCGGAGGAGCACAAAGACACAAGGAUUCCCUCCAUGGUUCCCCUUGAGCAGUCAGAGCAUGAAUGGCUUGUCAAGUGUGCCACCGGCCACUGGAGCCAGGUUUACGGCCUGCUGCUGAGAGACAGCCAGCUGGCCGAGAAGAGGGACUUCAUGUCAGGGUUCACCGCUCUGCACUGGGCAGCCAAGUGUGGAAACAGUGAAAUGCUUGUGAAGAUUAUUGACCUAUCGAGGAAAGGAGGAGUUGAUGUUGACAUUAACGCAAAAACACACGGCGGAUACACUCCUUUGCACAUUGCCGCCUUGCACGACCAGGAGUACAUCAUGGCCAUGCUGGUGGGGGAGUACCAGGCUGAUGUAAGUAUCAGGGACAAUUGCGGGAAGAAGGCCUACCACUAUCUGCACAAAGGAAUUUCUGGGACUGUGAGAGAGAUGCUGGUUGGACCCAAAGCCAGGCAGGCUCGGGACAGGGCCCUGUCUGAGAAGGAAGAGCUGGACCUGUUCCCAGAUCUCUCCAAGGGCCUGCAUUCAAUAAGCCGUCUCUUCCAGCCAAACAUGACAGGCCAAAGGAAGAAGCACAAGCAGAGGCCAGGAUUUUACUCCCUGAGCGAAGACCCUAGUGAGGAAAGAGAGGACAGCAGCAGCGAAUUCAGACAAAGAGUUGUGUCAGAUGCCUUAAUGUAAAGGAAAAACUCUUCCUAGCCUUGUCAUGAGGGAAUAGUGUGAAAACUGAACAGGAACCUUCAAAGAAUUUGACUGACAUCCUUCUGAUUUUUGGGCCUUUUUUUAACAAUGACAAAAACAGAAAAAUAAUCAAUGAUUCCUUUCUUGUGUUUAUGUCUUAUUUAAAUUUUCUGACAUUAAUUCCCAUCAGAUAUGAGAGGCACACUUUGGUUGUGCGGUGCGAGUGAUAAUCAAGUUAUUCUUUAAGAUAAAAGCAACAUCUGCAAAAACAGAUGUCUCCCUCAAAAUGGAAAUCAAAUCCUCAAGACUUGAACGGCUGAUGCCAUCGGGUGAAAACUUCUGGAGAUGUUUCGUUGACUCUGAAUAAGUCGAGUUAUAGUUUUUAUGUUAUCAGUAUGAGUUGUAUCGUGAGAUUGUGUUUCCAGGUGUGAAUCAAACAUGAUUCAUAGAACAUUACCGUGGGUCCUGUGAGUCAUGUUGUUAAUCAUCACCUAUGGCCUGUUGAAGGCGGUAUCUUUCCCGUCUGUUUUUCUCUUCAGAACACUGACACUGUGUUCCUUUUAUAGUGGAUUUUCCAUUUGUGUUAAUUUUCAACUGCUAUGAAUUUCCGUUUUUCUAAAUUAAGUUUUUUUUUUUUUUUUUACUGUAGCAUUCAGUUCACGAAGCACUUAAACCAGUAGGUAGCAGCACAAGUUGGGCUGUUUAUUUCAUUUAUAUCACAGAGCUUCCUUUGCCAGUUUGGAAGUGCAAUAUAUUCCCAUUAAUUGGGAUUUUAAAUGGACUACAGACUUUUCACAAAUCCAUUCAUAAUAAAUUAAUUUUUAAAUGUAUAUUCUCUUCAAUGUAUCCUCUCUCAAUCUGUUUUUGAUUUAAAAAAAAGAAUCAGUAACAACAAUGUCAUUUACGACCAAGACAUUUUCAUACUGAUUGAACAGACAGAUCAAGACUUGACUUGUUCUCCUCUGCGUUUUCAUCUCUGAGUAAGAACUGAACCGAGAGCGGUGAAGUGGUCAUACUCUCGACUUCCAGAGGUAGACAUGCAUAAACCAAAAAGUGAGGAUGUGUUGAUUUAUGGGUGAAUCAAACCUGUAGCAGCAACAAAAUAAAUUUAAGAAUAAGAAUAAAAAUCUGUGAAAUGUUUUUUUCCCUCAGAGGGGGAUUUAGAGGACUCGCCUCUUCAUUGCUUCACUCCCACUGAAAUGCCCUGGGAGAGAAAAAACACUGGAUUUCAUUGAGUUACAAUCAAUUUUACUACAAAAGGCAGAGGGUGUAUUAAUCAUAAAGGUGUGUGCAGGUGCUUCAUAAAUCAUUACACUCCCUGUAC